AUGGAAGGAGCUUCAAUACGCGUCAAUGUAUACGAUCUCACAAAAGUUAAUUCAUUAUUCAGAAAAUCGAAGCUUGGCGUUUAUCAUACAAGUGUUGUUGUUGGCGAUCAAUUUGAAGUUUAUUAUGGGUUUUAUAAAUCAGGAUGCACAGGUGUUGACUAUGCUACUACCAUUAACUCAUUACCUUCGAGUAUGUCUGGAACUUUCUACUCAACAUAUGAACUUGGAAAGUCAGAAUUAACAGUAGAUGAAUGUAGGAAAGUCGCUAGACAAAUGUCAUUAAGAGAAGAAUGGCUUUCCAAUAGAUACAACAUUCUAAAUCAUAAUUGCCAUGCUUUCGCAUUGGAAUAUUGCAAAGCGAUAUUAUGUCCUCACAAACUGUUGAAUUUUCCUGCAUAUGUAUUCAAAGGUGAAAGUGUGGGAAGUGCCCUCUAUGAUAACUUCCUUUCGUUAUUCAUUGAUAAAGAUCAUCCACCAUACUUCCUCAAUAAGCAACCAUACAAAAAGGAAGAGAACAGACCUCCAACAAUUAUUAUUCAAAGUCCUACCAAACGCCUCUCAGUUUGGUAA